UUAGAAAGGCUACCUAUGAAGUUUCUCAUUAUAAAGAGCCACUUAUAGUUUCAAAUACAAGUGAUGAAAAAAUAGCACUGCUAUUAUACGAGCCAUUUUUUAAGAAAUCAGUUUCUUUGGAAUUUAUAAGAAUGAAUACUUUAAAAGUCGUUCUUUUGAUUAACAAUAAAGAGCUUAUGGUUUACCAACAUCAUCCAAGAUAUCAGGAUGUGGAGCUGUUCAGUUACAUUGGUGGAUAUCUUGGAAUUUGGCUUGGUAUCUCACUGGCAAACAUACUGGAUGUGAUCAUUCAAUCUGCCAUUAAAGUGAAAAACUGGUUCAUAAAUCUAAAAGGACAAUCAUCAAAGGCUAUAGAACCAAUUGAACAAACUGUGGCUACUAUUGAUGUGGUGGAAAAAAUAACACAAGUUGAAGACAAGAUGUAUUAGUCUCUUCUAGAAUUUUAACUUGUAAAAUGCACACUGAAUUUUUGUUGUUGUUUUUUUGUGUAAAGAGAAUAUUUGAAAUCAUAUAUUGAUCCAAAUGCAGUAUUAUUAUUAUAAAGUGCACCAUAUGCUACUCACCCAACUUGGUAUCAACUUGAUGAUAGUUACGUUGUGGAGCUAUAGAUGUAUUAUUUUGUACUUUCACAGACACAAUUUUUUGGGCCCUUGUAGUAUCUUAUGUAAAUCUUUCAUACUAAUAAGUUUAAUGUGUGCCCAAAUGUAGAAUUUGUUUUUAUUAAAAAAACGCUUUCUUUGAGUAAAUAUUUUAAAUG